GAGGAUUCAGGGUAUUAAAAAGGAAAGAAAAAAAACGUAAGCACAGCAGAUGCUGUCAAAGACAUGUAACUACGAAAGUUAGUAUGUCAUAGUGUGGGCUCAGUUCAUAUAACGCAUCAUGUGUAUAAAAAAUAUGAAUCAACUGCUAAGUGUUUGUGUCAAAAAGGAGAGUCUGGAUAUCAAACAAAAGGGUUCUAGGAGUGAUCCCUGUGGAGUUUUAUACAUUGUGAUCCCUAUAUCUUAUAAUUACUGAUAAAAUGAGUUCAUACAGUGGUGCUUUGAGAGACGAGUGACUGAACUUCACGAGUCAAACCGUUGUUUGACUGAUUUUGUUGGGGGUUUUUUUUUUGCUUUGUCAUUAUCCAUUUGUAUGUGUUUUCAAAAUUUAUAUUCCUCGGCUACUAACACAGCUUGAGACUUUAUUUUAUUUAUUUUUUACUUGUUUUGAGCUGACUAUGGUCAAACGUCUCCUUAUUCAACUGCACUUAGAAACAGUAAUCCAUGUCUUUGUUACAUGUCCAAUGGAUUACUGUCACGCAGUGUAUCUUGGUGUAAGCCAGUCCUCCCACAAGCGUAUCCAGUUGGUCCAAAAUGCUGCGGCUUGCCUCCUAACUAGUGCUCAAUUUAUAUUUAUGUACAGCAAUUUGUUACAGCUGUAAAGGUAGUUGUUCUUCAAGUGCUUUGUACUGUAUUUACAAUGGAGUUGAGUUAACUCGUUGCAUUUGAAGUGCUGUGGCCUUUUCACACCUGCUUAGUGUGACUUCUAUCCUUUGUGAGUACAAAUCAAGCAAAAGGUGAGGGUUCACGGAUGAUCAUUUAGGGGUGGGGGGGAUUAAUCCUUUGUUAAAUCCAGUUCCUGAGGAUUUACUCUGACUCAAGGCAUGUAAUCGUGAGACUCUCUCACUUAGGCUCAGAUAUUGAACAUCAAGCGAGAGGACCUCACCGUUGAAAGCUCUGCAUCCAUGCACCACUCGUUUUUUACUCCCAAUUCCUCCCUCUACAUGGGCCCGCCGCACGGGGAGCCUCCGCUGUCACGCACGGGCUUCAUCGCGCUCUCUGUGGUGAUGGCCCUUUUCACCGGGCCGGCCAUCGUUCUCAACGCUACAGUGAUCAUUGUGUCCCUCAUGCACAAGCAGCUGAGGCAACCGCUCAACUACGCUCUGGUGAACAUGGCUGCGGCAGACCUGGGCACAGCCAUGACCGGGGGGGUUCUGUCUGUCGUCAACAACGCCCAGGGGUACUUCUCCCUGGGAAGAACAGGCUGCGUGAUGGAGGGCUUUGCAGUGUCUUUGUUUGGCAUCACAUCAUUGUGUACGGUCGCCUUGAUCGCUGUGGAGAGGAUGUUUGUCAUAUGCAAACCUUUGGGGCACAUGACCUUCCAAAAGAAGCACGCAUGUGGGGGCAUCGCCUUGUCCUGGUUGUGGUCCCUAACGUGGAAUAUACCCCCACUUUUGGGCUGGGGCAGGUACGAUCUGGAAGGCGUCGGGACGUCCUGCGCGCCGGACUGGCACAGUCGAGACCCUCACCAUUUGUCCUACAUCCUGGUUUAUUUCGCCGUGUGCUUUGCGCUUCCUUUCGCCAUCAUCCUGAUAUCCUACACUAAAUUAAUGUGGACGUUGCAUCAGGUAUCAAAGUUGACCUGCGCGGAAGACGGUGCAGUGGCUAAAGCGGAGCUGAGAGUGGCGUCCAUGGUCAUCAUCAUGGUCCUGACCUUCUUGAUAAGUUGGAUGCCUUAUGCUGGCCUGUCCAUGCUGGUGGUGUACAACCCGCAUGUGGUGAUUAACCCACUGGUAGCAACGGUCCCCGUUUACUUGGCCAAGAGCAGCACAGUAUACAAUCCCAUCAUCUACAUUUACUGCAACAAACAGUUCCGUAGGUAUGCAGUGCCUUUCCUGCUGUGUGGUAAGGAGCCGUGGCUGGCUGAAGAGGCGUCGGAGGCGGCCACUAUGGUGGAGAUGACAACCAACAAAGUGUCUCCGGCCUGAAAGCUCCAACGGGCCUACAAUAAUCAUUCAACAAGCGCUUGCCUGACACCAAUUCCUCUAUAAUUCUCU